GAGUAACUUCCAUGCAGUGCGGGGCUCCCAUCACAGAGAGCCCAGUCAGGAGCUCGCAGCGUGGGGAUGACACACGCAUGCUGCUGCUGCUGCUGCUCAGCGAGCCCCGUGUCAUUUGCCAGCCACUGCCCAUGGACCGGGGGGGUUAUUUGCUCUCUUGCAAUGGCUCCAGUGACAGAUCCGAACAAGUGGGAGCGACGCUGAUCUCCAUGGAGCCCCCUCCUGCCUCGGGCUGCUGCCCCGGCUGCAGUGUGUGAAGCCGCCCAGCCAGGCCGGACCAUGAGGGGCGUCUUUGGCUUCCAGAGGCUGAGGCUGAAGCUGUGGAGGAGAUGCACGCUCCUGCUCUUCCUCUGCUGGGCCGCCUGCUGCCUGCUGGGCAGCACGUUCCUCUUCCUCGUCCACCGGAGCGUCUUCUCCGAGCGCUGCACGGACGAGAAAAGCCACAGGAUCCUGGCGAGGCUGUGUCUUGACUACAGCAAGGGAGCCUUGACUGGCGACCUUUGUGAAGACUUGUGUGUGGCACAGAAGCUGGUGUACAAACAGUGCCUUUACUAUGACAGAGGUAAGAAGGUCAUCCAGGCGGACUGGAAAGGCCAGCCAGUCAUCUUGAAAUCCAAAAAGGAAAUCUUCUCUAGCUAUCAACGCCUCAGAUUGCUUGAUGAAAUGGAAACACAGGAUGUUCCUGAGACAGAGCUUCUGCUGAUGGUAGCUUUGGAGGUCAAAAAUGUCCUGGGUCUGGAAUUAUCUAACACCACCAUGGGACCCUUAUGGACUAGGAAGAGAAGUCUGCAUUGGAAAGCACAAGUGGCCAGCAUGUGGUCCUUACUCCAGCAGGAAGAAUAUAUCUACUUCAGUCUACUGCAGGACUUCAGCAAACAUGUCCUACGGGUCAUCGGCUCCUGUGGCCACUUCUAUGCUGUGGAGUAUCUCACAGCCGGACAUGCCUGGCACAAAACUAUUUUUCCUUUGGAGGAUGCAGUUGGUCUCUCCUUCACUGGCACUAAAAGCAAAGUGAAGGCAAUAACUGACAUUGCACUCAGCUUCCUAGAUAUGGUGAAUCAUUUUGAUAAUGAUUUCUCUCACCGGCUUCACCUGUGUGAUAUCAAACCAGAGAAUUUUGCUAUCAGAAAUGAUCUCACGGUGGUUGCCAUUGAUGUGGAUAUGGCUUUUUUUGAGCCUAAAAUGAGGGACAUCCUUGAACAGAAUUGCACAGAAGAUGAAGACUGUAAUUUUUUCGAUUGCUUUUCAAAGUGUGACCUGAGAAUCAGAAAAUGUGGGGCAGAGAGGGCCAACAACAACCUGCAAGUCAUCUGUGACAAAAUAUUCCGUCACUGGUUUUCUCCAAAUUUCAGGCGACCCACAAUUUCCUUCCCUCUGCAGUUGCAGUUGCAAAAGGCUGUUCAUGAAUGUGCCAAACCAGGGCCCAAGGAUUUGACACAACACCAGCAAAUGUCUCUGCAUUCUCUGUCUGAGUUAUACCAUUUGCUGCAAGCCAGUCAAAGAGAACUUCAAAAAGCAGAUGGUUAGCCUGGUGAAAACCACUGGUAACGAUGAUAUAUAAUCAUCAUCAUUGUCA